GUUUUGAGGGUCACCCACAAACUCACAAGUCACAAACCAUAGCUCAUUAGACAGAGUUUGUGUGUGCUUUCUGUGUGUCACCCGGUGCUCAUAGAACUAAUUAAGAGAUGGAGGACCAAAAUGUUAGUGGUAAGUUAAGCAAGGGGCUUCGCAAGUUGAAACCUUACCUUGCUAUGGUGUCCCUUCAAUUUGGCUACUCUGGUAUGUAUGUUAUCACUAUGGUUUCUUUCAAGCAUGGCAUGAGCCAUUGGAUCCUCUCAGUGUAUCGUCAUGUAGUUGCGGCUCUUUUAAUAACCCCUUUUGCGCUUGUUCUUGAAAGAAAAACAAGGCCAAAGAUGACUCUCCCCAUCUUCCUGAGGAUAGUGGCGCUUGCUUUCCUUGAGCCAGUGCUAGAUCAGAACUUGUACAACAUGGGGAUGAAGAUGACCUCAACAACGUUUGCAUCUGCAACCAUAAAUGUCCUCCCAGCUAUUACUUUUGUAAUGGCACUCAUUUUCAGGUUAGAGACAGUGAACUUGAGAAAAUUUCACAGCUUAGCCAAGGUCAUUGGAACGGUUAUAACAGUUUCAGGAGCUAUGGUUAUGACUUUGUACAAAGGCCCUGCCUUUCAGAUCAUAAAGGGAGGAGGAGCCAUCAACCACCAUGGGACCGCCGCCACCGAGCCCUCCGACCAGCAUUGGGUGGUGGGCACACUAAUGCUCAUAGCAAGUUGUGGUGGUUGGGCUGGUUUCUUCAUUUUGCAAUCAUUCACUUUGAAGAUGUACCCAGCAGAGCUUUCACUCACAGCAUGGAUUUGCUUGUUGGGUAUUGUUGAGGGUUCAAUUGCAUCACUUAUAUUUGAACGGGACUUCAGUGUGUGGGCCAUAGGCUGGGACUCAAGGCUUCUUGCUUGCGUUUAUUCUGGGGUGAUAUGCUCUGGAAUGGCUUAUUAUGUACAAGGGGUUGUGACUAGGGAACGUGGACCAGUGUUUGUGACUUCUUUUAGUCCUCUAUGUAUGAUUAUCACAGCUGCAUUGGGUUCCCUUGUCUUAGCUGAGCAAGUUCAUCUAGGAAGUAUAUUUGGAGCUAUUCUCAUUGUCUCAGGGCUUUACACUGUGGUAUGGGGCAAAAGUAAAGACUCUCCAAACACAACAGAUGUAAGAAAGGGUGAAGUCCAAGAAUUGCCAAUUAAGGAAGGUACAAAAACAGUUUCAGACAUUUUUGAUGGCAUUGAGAUCAAUGUUCCUGCUGAGAUGUUGAAGAAAGGGGCAGGGAAAAGUGUUCCACCAGCAACAAGAACAUGAAGGGCCUUUUGGUCUAGCAUUAUAAAUUUUCCUAGUUGCUAGAUAGAGGUCAAGAAAGAUUUUGGGCAAUGUGAAAAUCUUUCCCAAUACCUGCCUCACUAGCUUCAUUUUCAUAAGCACCUUUCUUGUUUCCCUUUUAACUUUUUUUAUUCCAUGUUUGUGGAAAUAUAAUGUGAAUCAAAUAAUGCAA